ACAAUUGAUAUUAAUAUUAAUGCCUCCAUGUGGACACCACUUGCCUGCCAAUUAAUUAAUGCUAUGUAUCAGAAUUGAUCAUGAUGUGAAUGUAGAGACUAGAAAAGGAUCAAAGAGUCAGACUCUGGAAUUUCAUUAAUGCAGCAAUAGAGUUCUUCUUUGUUCAUUAGUUUCCAUUUCUCAAUUGCUCUGAACCUUUACUGCUGCAGAGCUCUCUGCUGGGUACACCAUUAAUGCAGCAAGGUUGCUCAAAGGAAUCAUUUGAGAUUCAUCCAUUUCAGCAACAUACUGCAGAGAUUGAAUUCACAGUGAUAGGUUGGUAUUUCUCAUGAUCUGUCCAACAUGACUGCAUAAUUAAUUCAUUGAUGUUUACAUUCAUGAAACCUUAUUUAUGACUCUGUCAGGCAUUUAUUUGUUGUCAAAUGGUGCAUGACAUUCAUUCUCUGUUGUUGAUUCAUUCAGAUUACAUUCAUGAUUUUCUUGCUGAUACCUCAUUGUUUUACUCUGUUAGUGCAGCAUGACACCAAGAAAAAAACCAAAAAUAUGUCGAAUAUCUAAACAGAAAAGAAGCAACACCCCAUUUACUUCAGGAGCCUCUCAUGAUCCAACAAUUGCUUUUUCACCAAUACCCUUGGAGAACACCAGAGUUAACAAAAAAUCGCGCCUCCUACCACUUAUAUUCUCAGGAAAAGAUGCAGACCAGGAAGAAGAUAUCACUACAACCACAGUUCCUUUGGAUCCUUACAUGGCACAAGCUGAUGAUAAAACCUCAAAAAACUCAGUACCACAUCACCAUUCAGCAAAAAGAUGCAGUCCUGCCUCUAAGAAUGUUCCUACUGCAAGAAGACCUCUGCACAAUGAUAUAUUAACUGUGGGCAAACCAGAAUGUAUUUGUCGAUUCUGUGGUGCAUUCUUUUGGUACAGUGAAAGAUUGGAUCGUCAUAGAAAAACAGCAAAUCCAAUCUAUGCUCUCUGUUGUCAAAAAGGAAGGGUCAAUAUUCCAUUGUUGAGACAGCCACCUCCACUACUUGCCCAAUUGCUUGAUCUGAAUGGUGGAGCAAUGUCGAAACAUUUCAGAGAAAAUAUUAGGCCUUAUAAUGGAUCUAUGUGUUUCACAUCUUUUGGAGCAAAGCUGGAUCCUUGGUCUUUGAGAAGCAGGGGACCUUAUUCAAUGGUUAUUUGUGGUGAGAAUUAUCAUAGAAUUGGUUCCUUGCUGCCAAGUGAAGGAGAACGGCCUAAGUUUGCUCAACUGUACAUCUUCGAGCCUGACAGCGAAAUUGACAAUAGCAUGGCAAACUUCGCAUCACGAGAGGAAGUGCUCUUGCCUGAAUUACUUGCUGCUUUGCUCAGAAUGCUUGAUGAAACGAAUGAAUUAGUGAAGACGUUUAGGCGUAUUCGACAAAAUCUGCAGUUAUCCUCAACACCAAACUUUCGACUUCGAAUAUUUGGAAUCAAAAGCAGAAAUAGACAGUACGACUUACCGACAAGCAGUGACAUUGCAGCAUUGAUACCAGGUGAUUUUGUGCCAGAUAGGGAGGACCAAGACAUUAUUGUGGACCAUCAAGGUGAAGGAUUGAAACGUAUUACAAGUCUUAAUCCAAAAUUUGAGGCGCUGCACUUUCCUUUACUUUUCCCAUAUGGGGAGGAUGGUUUUCAUCCUCAAAUUCCAUAUAACAGUGUUUUUUGUCCACCAUCAAUGAGAAGAAAGUUCAUCACACAAAGAGAAUACUACGCUUACAGACUUCAAUAUCGAAGAAAUGAGGGACAUACACUGAUCCAAAGUGGGAAGGCGCUGCAACACUAUUGCGUUGAUGCAUUUUCAACAAUCGAGCUCAAUCGGUUGGCAUUCUUAAGGACACAUCAAAAAGACUUGAGGGCUGAAGUGUAUCAAGGAAUGGAAGAUGCAUUUGCAAAAGGAGAUUUAGACGGUCAAAAAAUUGGCUGAAUUAUAAUACCUUCUUCGUAUACAGGAGGCCCAAGAUAUAUGCAACAACUCUAUCACGAUGCAAUGGCAACCUGCCAAUAUUAUGGAAAUCCAGAUUUGUUUGUUACAUUUACAUGUAACGCUCUUUGGGAAGAAAUCACAGAAGCCUUUUCCGAUAUCGUGGGCACAAGCAGUGAGCUGAAACCAAUGGUAGUUUGUCGAGUCUUUCAUAUGAAACUCAACAUGUUCAUUGAUGAAAUCAAAAGAGAAGGAUACUUUGGCAAAACUAUAGCAAGUACGUGCUCUGAGAACUCUUUUCUGGUUGCAUUAUAAGCUGUCAAGUUCAAAUAAAUGACCAUUUUUUAUUGCAGCAGUAAUAUACACAGUCGAAUUCUAAAAGAGAGGACUCCCACCUGUGCACAUGCUCAUAUGGUUGGCAGCAGAAGACAAACUAAAGACAACAAGCGAUAUAGACGAAUGAUUUCAGCAGAAAUCCCUGAUCCUCACCUGGAUCCAGAGGGGCAUGCAGCCGUUGUCAAGUUCAUGAUUCAUGGACCCUGUGGCAUUGACAACCCGAAUGCACCAUGUAUGAAAGAUGGAAAAUGUUCAAAGCACUUCCCCAAAGAAUUCUGCUCAGAAACCGCCUUUGAUAAGUUCGAGAAUGUGGUGUAUCGACGCAGAGAUUCAGGAAUUCAAGUACAGAAAGGGAAAACAAUGGUGGAUAAUAGGUACGUUGUUCCAUACAACCGGAACUUAUUAGUCAGAGCUCAAGCUCAUAUUAAUGUCGAAGUAUGUCAUAAAGGGGGAUUAGUGAAGUAUUUGUUUAAGUAUAUCACUAAGGGAUCGGACAGAUCUCUCAUCAUUGCCGAGGAUUCGACUACUUCAGCACAAGUUCCCUCCACAAAUCCAAAGAAAACAAAGGAUGAAAUACAGGAAUUCAUUGAUUGCAGAUCACUAUUUUCUUAUGAGGCUGUAUGGAGGAUUAACGAGUAUCCUAUUCACCACAGGGAACCAAACGUUGUUCGCCUUGCUGUACACCUGCCUGGACAGCAAAAUGUAUCAUAUCGAAGACAGUCAAAUGUUAGAAAUGUUCUAAAGAAUCCAAAAGCUAGAAAAACUCAUCUAACUACUUGGUUUGAACUAAAUAUACAUGACCCUGAUGCGAGAAAGCUUACAUAUGCUCAAAUACCAGGUUCAUAUACAUGGAAUGAAGAAUACAAUGAGUGGACUCCAAGAAAAAGAGGGUUUGCUAUAGGAAGAAUUGCAUAUGUUCCUCCGGGCAGCAGCGAUGUAUUCUUUCUCAGGUUGUUAUUGACAAAAGUGCAUGGAGCCAUGAGUUUUCUUGCUUUGAGAACUGUGAGAGGAGAGAUUUGCAGCACUUAUGAGAAAGCAUGUGAGAAAUUAGGUCUGCUCUCUGACUCUUCAGAGUGGAUAAAAGUCCUCCAAGAAAUCUCAGCUUCAAGCAUGCCACACGUGAUAAGAACAACCUUUGUUUCAAUGCUUAUGUUUUGUGAGGUACCUAAUCCAUGUGCUUUGUUUGAGUCAUCAUGGAAAUUAAUGAGUGAAGAUCAUGCAUAUUCCCUUCGAAAACAGCUCCAUUCAACAACAUUUCAGCCCACAGAUGAGAGGCUGCAAAAUUGGGUUCUUCAUGAGCUGGAGAGUUUGCUGGGAUCUCAUGGUUCGUCAUUGGAACAAUUCCACCUUCCAAGACCAACAGAUUCAGAACCAGAUGAUGGAUCAAACCCCCUUAUUAAUCAACAUCUAGACUUUGAUGUUGAUAACGAAAAACAACUAGCAGACACAAUGCUGCAUUCUCUCAAUGUACAACAGUUUGAAGCUUUCUCAGCUGUUAUGUUAUCAAUCAACAACAAUCUUGGAAAAUCAUAUUUCUUAUAUGGCCACGGAGAAACAGGUAAGACAUUCCUGUAUAAUGCCAUCAUUGCAAAACUAAAAAGUUUGUCAAAAAUAGCAAUUAUUGUUGCCUCAUCUGGAAUCGCAGCAACUCUCUUGCCGAAUGGUACCACUGCUCACUCAAGAUUCAAAAUACCACUUCAUGUAUACAACAUAUCAACCUGUUCGAUCAAAAAGGGAACUCACUUAGCUGAACUCAUACGUGAAGCUUCAUUGAUAGUUUGGGACGAGGCGCCGAUGACUCACAGGCACGCAUUUGAAGCAAUCAGUAGGACAUUCUGUGAUCUGAUGAAUGUACCAUUAGUGGGAGUGGGCCAUAAGUUAUUUGGUGGUAAAACAGUUAUUUUUGGUGGGGAUUUCAGACAGACUUUGCCAGUCAUCACAGAAUCUGGAAGAGAACAAACAGUUGAUGGAUCAAUACCUAGAUCAGUGUUAUGGCCUGCUUUUACGGUGCUGAAACUGGAAAGAAACAUGAGACUCAAUGAAUCCCUGGAAAACAGAAUGAUGAUAGGUAGUGGCCAGAAUUUUGAACAGUGGAUACUUGCUAUUGGAGAUGGAAAGUUGCCAACAAAGUGUUUAGUACCGAAUGCCCCCUCAGACUGGAUUGAAAUACCAAGGAUGUUCUUGAUUGCUCCUGGAAACAAUCCAGUUCAAUCAAUAACAACAGACAUAUAUAACUCAUUUGAGGAGAAUUACAAGGACACAAAAUAUCUCAAGAGUAGAGCAAUUGUGACACCGACAAAUAUUGUUGUCACUGAAAUCAAUGAUUUCAUGUUACAAAAGUUGUCUAGGCCAAGUCAUUCCUACUUUAGUGCAGAUUCAAUGCAACUUGAUACAGAGGUGCCAGAAUCGUUCAGUGAAACAUACCCUCCUGAGUUUCUCAAUACAUUGACAUUCAAUGGGGUCCCGGAUCACGAGAUAAGACUCAAGGUUCAUGCUUCAAUAAUGUUGCUCAGAAAUUUAAGUCCACCAAGUGGAUUAUGCAACGGAACAAGAAUAAUGAUAACAUCACUCGGUGAGAAUACAAUCAUAGGACACAUUAUGGGAGGAUCAUUUGAUACAAAACCUGUGGCGAUACCACGAAUUGUGCUCAACAUAGAAGACAAGAGGUGGCCGUUUGUGCUGAAAAGGUGACAAUUUCCAGUACGCUUAUGUUAUGGAAUGACCAUUAACAAAAGUCAAGGUCAAACACUUGAUAAAGUUGGAGUUUAUCUACCUAAACCAGUUCAGUCAUGGUCAACUAUACGUUGCUGCAUCCAGAGUCAAAUCUGCAGCUGGCCUAAGAUUUCUUAUCAUAAAUGAGGAGGACAUGCUAGAUAAUUAUACAAGAAACAUUGUGUUCUCAGAAGCCUUCACGGAUAUUAGCACAAAUUGAGUUCACAAGGUAAGCAUAUAUCAAUAUGUUAGAUAACCUGUUAGAAUUCAUUAGAUACGAUUUCGAGUUAGAUCAUAGGGACAAUAUAUUUACAGCAUUAAAUGAACUUUUAAUUAAUUCAAGUUUCGUAUAAUGCAGGCUUGAAUCACAUAUUUGAAGCAGAUGCGGUGGUGGGUAGUUCCAGGUUAUACAGGUUUGGAUGUAAAAAGAAAACAAGAUGAAAAUAUAGCACCAUCUUAAAUUCUGGGUACAACUUUGAUGUUCUUCAUGUUCUUCAGAAGUUAAUUAAACUACGUUUGAGAAAACUCUUUUGAUCCAUUGAGUUGCAACUCUCAACAAAAUUGUGUUUGUUGUAAACGAACAAGCCUGCCGCCGUUUCACUUAUCAGCCCCUGGACCUAAACAUAUCGAUGGCCACAAAUGGGCCGAAGUUGGAAGCCCAUAAAGGCAUAUGAAUCCACAUUAUCUUUCCAACCAGUAUUAUAUUUCACUGUCGCGAUCUGGAAGAGAACAAUACUGCUUUGCACUUUCCCUUGGGCCAAUCAACGACAUGUAAAUCUCUUGAAUUGUCAGCCAUACUUAGUUCAUUAUGGGAAAUUGGGAAUGCAUCAAUUAAGUCUCCAUGGUGCCUUUCACUAAUUGAAUCACCACUCAAGUUGACUGUCUCUACUUAUUAAAAAACAGCUAGAUCAAACCAUGACUAAAAUUGCACUAUUUCUAACCAAUAUAAAACCAUUUUCAGG